CACGUGGUACAUCAUUCAGCGCAGCCAUAUUGGAAUCGAACACGUACAGAAAGUUGAGAUUGGAAUUUUGCAGUCAAAUUUGAACGAAAGAAAGGUAGAUUUUUCAAGAGAUCCUACUCGUAUAAGCCUGCUAAUAGUCGUCAGUUUACGUUCAGUGUCGUCAGCAACAGUACCUCCAAGCCUCUUUCAGCUAAGUUCCAUCUUGGCCACUUCCUCGCACCAAGUCCUGCCAGCAGCAACCCCCAAGCGACAUGUCCGAGACGCUGAACUUCGGUCCCCAGUGGCUUCGCAACCUAUCGUCCGGCACCGCCUCCAAUGUCACCUCUCCCCCUCCCUCCCCCGGCAUCGGUGGUCCCACAAUGUCCUCGUCCGCUGGCCCGGGUUUGAUGCCUCAGUCGGCCCCCGGUCCUCCUCCGUCCUCCUUGGCCCCGGUGCCCAUGACCCAGUUCAAGCUCGCCGAGCACCGCUAUGGCCGGGAGGAGAUGCUGGCACUGUAUCGCAAGACGGAGCGGAUGCCUGCGGGCGUGGAGGAGGUGCAGUCCAUUGCUAAGAAAGAACCGCUGACGCCCAUGGCUUUGCUGCCGCUGAACGACGAAGAACAGCGGUGUUUGUCACAGUGUGUGAACAGUUCAGUGGUGCUACGACUGACAGGCAGAGGGGGUGGGGGUCCAGCAAUUAGAGGGGCUAGGGGAGGAACUGGUCGAGGAAGGGGUAGGGGACGGGGAGAGUUUCAGCGUAACGUCUCGAUGUACGAUGAAGAAACUCCAGGGUUCCAGCGGGGACGGGAGUUCAAUCGCACCUUGAGCUGGGAUGAAAGUCAAGAGCACCGCUUUGACAAACGGCUGGACUCGCGUAACUUUGAGGACGCGGCCGGUGGGCCCGUCUCCCCUCGCAAGCACAUCGAGCGCGGAGGCAGCUCCAGCGACAACUGGCGAUCGUCACCGAGGGACCGGCCGUCGCGGGGGGACGAGGAGGACGAAGGCGGGACAUGGAGGCAGGCCGGGGCACGCUCCAUGAGGAUGCCGCGAGAUGGGGAGGAUAAUUGGCGCAGCGCAACAGGGUUAUCGAGGACAAAUUGGAACCAUCCCAGAGACCGGGAGGAGCUGGGGCGAGGAGGGGGCCUGAGGGAGCGUCGCUACAGCGGCCGGUCACGCCAGGAUAGCUGGCACGAGGACAGCAUGGAGGAGAUGCCGGAGUGGACCAUGGACGACCCCUUUGACGGGGACAUUGGGACGUUUGACUCAUCGGGAGCUUUUUGCUCGACUAAGAAAGCAGAUAAGGAUUCAGGAUCUGGGGACUCCAACAACAAGGAUGAAGGCAAUGAAGAUCAGCAAACUAGUCAAGACGAUAAAGACAAAGAAGAGUCAGAACCUGACAGCUCCCUUCAGGCUUCACCCCACCCAGACAGCUCGGAUAACUCGGAGCUGAGCGCCAAGAGCACAGAGUCUCAGAACUUCAAACCAGCCAAGCCUCAGAAAAUCAGCGCGAAGGAGGAGCGUCGGACAACAGGCCCCUCCCCAAUCACGGUGCAGCUGACAAACAACGUGGUCAACAGCGGCAAGAAACUGACCGGCGGCAACAACAACAGCAGCAGCAGCAGCAGUAUCACCAGCAACACCAGCGCUGCGGGCGACGGGCCUGUGGCAGCAGCCCCACCAGAGCCUGCCCCUCAAAACUCAGGGAACCAAAACGACGAAACUAAGCAAUCACAGGGCGGGGACGGGGUGCCCACGAUCAGCGAGGUCAUGGCCCAGGUGGCCAAGGUCGCGCUGCAGGAUGCUGGGAAGGAGGCGGAGCCGACGCCCACUGCAGAUGAAUCUCAAGCAACGACGGAGAAGAAAGAGGAGAACCGGAAACCAGAAGAAGAGGACGACAGUCUGGCACAGAUGGAGAAAGAUGCAGAGAGUCUCAUGUCAAAACUCAUUGAAGAGGAUGAUGACAAAGGACCAGAGGAGGAGGAGGCACCCAUCCCCAAGCAGGCUAGCAGUGUUGCAGACACCAAAGUCUUGCACGCAACUCACGAACACGCCUUCAAGUGGUUCUACAAGGAUCCACAGGGCUCCGUUCAAGGUCCCUUCAUGUCGAGUGAGAUGGCGGACUGGUUCGGUGCUGGCUACUUCACCAUGACGCUGCUGGUCAAGCGGGGCUGCGACGAGGACUUCAUGUGCCUGGGAGAGGUCAUCAAGAGAUGGGGUCGGGUGCCCUUCAUGCAGGGUCCCGAACCCCCUCCAAUGGGGAAACUGCCGUCACCAAUCACAUCCGAGGUCCGCCCAGUGCCCCCACCCUCCCAACCCCAGCAGCAGGCACGCCAUGGUCUCCCUCCGCAGCUUUUUGCCCAACACCAACAGCAACAGCAGCAACAACAACAGCAGCAACAACAACAACAGCAACAACAACAACAGCAGCAGCAAGCUCCGCCCACACAGCAGCAGCAGAGAGAGCACCUGCAGCAGCAACAGCAACACCAUGUCUUCCAGCAACUGAUCCAACAGCAGCAGGCUUUUAUCAGGGUGCAAGCCAGCCGCAUCUACCAGGAGCUCCUGCAGCGAGGCAAGUCCCUGACUGGGCCCCAGCAGACCCUCCUGCGCCAGCAGCUGAUCAGCUUACAGCAGCAGCACCAGCUCCUGCUGCAGCAGAUGGCGCUGCAGGGGGACCCGUCCCGUUCCGACAUCGCUGCGGCGGCCGCGGUGGUGGAGCAGCAGCACGGCAUGAUGGGAGGCAUGGGCGGGGGUCGCAGUGGGUCCGGAGGCAGCCCUGUGCCGACGUCGAAAUCCGAAAACGUCAUGGACAACAUCUCCAUCUGGGGCGGACCUCCUUCUAAAAAAGAUGACUGGGAUAUCGGCUUCUGGCAUCCCUCCAUGGCCAAAGAUGCGAUGGAAGAGACAAGAAGAGAGAAGUUGAAGGCGAGGGAGGUGGCCAGACGCCUGGAGGAGGAGCGACGCCAGAAGGAGCAGCGAGAUCAGGAGGAGAGACGGAGGCAGGACCAGGAACAGGAAGAGGAGAUGAGACGGCAGCAGGAGAUGGAACUCAAGAGACAGGAGGAGCUGAAACGCCAGGAGGAGCUCAGAAGACAGGAAGAUGUGAGACGCCAGGAGGAGAUUCGUCGGCUGGAGGAACUCCGACAGGAAGACGAGAGGCGACGCAAACAGGAGGAGCAGCUGAGACUGGAGCAGCAACAGCAACAGCAACAACAACGCAAGGAAGAGCUGCGUCGGCAGGAGGAGGCCAACGCAGCGGCAGCGGUGGCCGCCAGGAAAGUCCAAGAGGACGUGGUCCGGCGGGAGGUCACGCGACGGGCCCAGGAGGAGGCCGAGAGACGGGCCCAGGAGGACGUGGCCAGAAGGGCACAGGAGGAGGCAUCCAGGCGUGUCCGAGAUGAGCAGGAACGAGCGAGACGGGAGGAGGACAAGCAGAAGGAAACGGAGAGACAACGACACCAAGACAUAAUCAGGCAACAAGAGAUGCAGCGGCAGCAACAGCAGCAACAAGACGCCUUGAGAAGACUCCAGCAGCAGCAGCAGCAACAACAGUCAAAACUCCCCAGCACGGCCAUGUGGGGUCAGGCCAGCACAGCCAGUACCCCGACGUCAACCAGCACGCCAACCCUGACUCAGAUCCAACAGAUGCAGCAGGAGCAGCGGGAUAGGGAGGAACAACAGCGCCAGCGACAGCUUCAAGCCCAGAUGUUGCAGCAGCAGCAACAGCAGCAGCAGCAGCAGCAACAACAGCAGACCAGGCCCACUGGCUGGGGAAGUGCAAAUCCAGGGAUAAAAGGGAGCGCUCCCCCCACGAAGUCCCUGCGUGAGAUCCAGGAGGAGCAAGCUCGGCAGCUGAUAGAGAGAGGCAAGCAACAAGCCGCCAGCAAGCCACCGGUGUCCAUGUCGCUGGGCACGGCCGCUGUCUGGGGCGGGGCCAACACAAAUGCAGCUCUGAGCUGGGGCAGUGACGGCACCAGCGUGUGGGGUGACCCCAAACCCAAGUCGGCCUCUCAGCCCACUGGCUUCUGGGACGAGGCUGUGGCUAACAACAAUGCCGGAAUCAAGUCACAGAGCAAUUCCAACUUCCCGUCGCUUCGUAGCUCCACCCAGUCGGCCCCCAUGCAGCGCCAGCAAUCCUCCAACACCAACUCCAAGUCCAGAGUAGCAAAGGAAGAGGAGAAUGUCCGCAAGUUGUUUCAGAACAACUCGGCAUCGGACGAGUUCACCCAGUGGUGUGAGUACAUGCUGCAGGGGUUAGCCACAUCGGUGGAUAUCCCCACGUUCAUAUCAUUCCUACAAGACGUGGAGUCGCCGUACGAGGUGCACGACUACGUCAAGAUGUACCUGGGGGAGACGCGGGAGAGCAGCGAGUUUGCCCGGCAGUUCCUGGAACGCCGCAGCCGCUACAAAGAACAACAGAGGAAACAACAGGAAAUGGGCAAUAUCUGGGGAGGAGGAGGAGGCAGUGGCUCGUCCUCGUCGCCGUCUCCGUCGCCAAGGCCCCAGGACUGGGACGACGGGGAUGCGGGUCACCACGGCAACAAUGGCGUCCCCGGCAACAACGGCAAGAAGAAGAAGCAGCGCAUGCAGCGCGUGGACCGCAGCAUUCUGGGUUUCAGCAUCAACCCGGCCGCCCGCAUCAACAUGGGGGAGAUUGAGACCUUGGAUGAGUGAACUCUUGACCUCCGACCCCCCAGCCCUGCAGCUCGGCUUGGUUGACCUUGGACACGAAUGAUGUUGGUCCGUGGGACGUCGUUGCCAGCCGGCACUGUUGGUCGAGGCUCAUGCCACAAAAAAAUCGUAACAAUGUCACAACUCUCAAAAUUAUACCUUGCCAGUGGAAAUCCAUUGCUACCUUUGAGUAGCCGUUUCUCGUUAGCCUUGAACCCGAGUUGUAGUCAAAUUCCUUGCAAGUCAGUCACAAGUCCUUGAAUCCUGGGCAAGUUAAGGUUAAGGCAUUCCUUUGUCAUCGUUCAUCCCCUCUAACCCUAACCCCCAUCAGGUAUUCUUUAGGUACCCUGCUAAAUGCAACAAUAUCCAACUUAACUCAAAUGAGAA